AUGGCUGCUGAUAGUGAUAGAGUGGGUAUUCAAGAGGGAAGCUUGAUGAUGAUGAGUGGAUCGUUUUAUAUAGCCAAAUAUAGAGAUCCGGGGUCACAGGGUGAGGACAGCCACUUUAUCUGUGAAGAGAUGCAUACGAUCGGAGUGGCGGAUGGUGUUGGCGGUUGGCAAAUGCGAGGCGUUGACGCCAGAAUAUACGCGAGGCAACUCAUGAACAAUUCUCUUCUUGCUACCCUCACUCAGACUCAUCCACACAAUCGGAUCGAUCCCAUGAAGGUCUUGGAUGAGGCCUUUGCGAAGACGAAAGCCGCAGGGUCUUUAACGGCUUGCGUCAUAACUCUCCACGAGGACAUGUUGCAUGCUGUGAACAUGGGAGAUAGCGCGUUCAUGGUGAUCAGACAAGGUGCAGCCGUAUACAGAUCCCCAAUUCAGCAACGAUCUUUCAAUUUUCCAUAUCAGUUGGGAAGUUGUGACAAACCCCCACAGGCACAGGUGAUGAAGGUUGCAGUAGAAGCAGGAGAUGUUAUCGUAGCUGGAACUGAUGGACUGUUUGAUAACUUGUCUGAAACUCAAAUAUUGGAGAGUGUGGUUUACAAUGAAUUGGAAACCUAA